UAGCAUAGCUAGUUACGUGUUCUAAUGUCAAGUAGCACUACGAAGUUGGUAUGUCUACAUCUGUUCAAGAUCCAGGAACGAGCUGUCAGUUGACGUAUGCAAGAGAUGUGCCAGAGAGCUUCAGCUCUAGCACUAGCCAGUUUGUGCUUGACGGUUACAGCGUCGCAUACGUAACUAAAGUCCCAGGGAACUUACAUUGUGCGCUAUGUCGCACAGUGCUCGACAAGCCAGUCCAAGCGUCUUGCGGAGAUCGCUUCCAUCAGCCGUGCUUCAAGUCUCUAUUUAGGGAAUGUGAAAAUCCAAUAUGCCCAACUUGUAAGGAAAAACUAGACAAAAGAAUAUCCUACAGAGAUGUGUUUGCUGACAAGGAACUGAUGGAACUGGAAGUCUUUUGUUGUAUGAAACCUGCUGGUUGUGACUGGAGUGGUGAACACAGAUUACUACAAAAACACAUUGAUACUUGCUCAUACACACUAGUGGCUUGUUCCAAUCCUGGUUGUUUAGCUGAAGUGACCAAAUCUGAAUUACAGCAACAUGUUGACAUUUUUUGUGACUUUCGUUUUGUCAACUGUCCAUACUGCAAUGAGACAAUGACAGCUAAGGAGCUGACUGAUCAUAUAUCAUCAUGUUUGAAAGCACCUGUAAUCUGUCCAAAUGAAUGUGAAGAUGGAAAAACAAUGAAUCGAGAAAAUCUGGCAAGUCACAUGGAAAUUUGUCCAAAGAAGGUAGUGACAUGCAACAUUGUUGGAUGCAAUUUCAAAGGACAACAACAUGAGCUGAAUGCACAUGCUGAAGCUUCACUGCCACUUCAUUUGUCUUGCCUUGGUGAUUGCAUGAAACAACUGCAACUUGAAGUGAAAGAUUUUGACUGCAAAAUAGACGACAAGAUCAAAGACCAAAUUCAGAGUCUCAAGAAGCCUGCAGUACAUGACUCAAUGAGCAGCGACAGUGAGCAGAAACUGUCAGCACUAGAAGAUCAGUUGAGAGAGUUCGAGUCUCGCCAAACUUUUAUGCAGCAGAAGACAAUCGCAGCGUGUUACGAGUCAGUCGAUAACAUUCAGAAACAGUUCAAGACGAAAGUUGAUUUAUUGGAUCAACACAUGAGGCUGAUGACAGAGAAAUGCAUUAAAUUUGAAGAAACCAUUUCUAUGCAGGAUGUCAGGAUGAAGCAACUGGAAAGCGAAUUAUCUCAAUACAGACUCAACGGUGGAACGAAUGUGGGUCUGCAGCAGCAGUUUAGGGCUCAAGAUCGAGUGCUGGCAAGUCAUGAUAUGAAACUAGCAGAACACGGUCUGAGGCUUGACAUGAUUGAUUGUAAGAACACGAACGGUGUGCUGCUGUGGAAGAUUACUGACAUCAGACGACGAAGAAUAGAUGCUGUGAGUGGCAAGACACCAUCCAUCUACUCACAACCAUUCUACACGUCACCCAAUGGAUACAAGAUGUGUGCUCGUCUCUAUCUGAAUGGAGACGGGAUGGGACGUGGUACUCAUUUGUCUCUUUUCUUUGUGAUUAUGAGAGGAGAAUACGAUUCUCUUCUUCCUUGGCCAUUUAGACAGAAAGUCACUCUCAUACUCACCGAUCAACAAGGCGGCAAUCACGUGUCUGACACGUUCAGGCCUGAUCCCACGUCCUUGUCAUUUCAAAGACCAAGAAAUGAGAUGAAUGUUGCAUCUGGAUGUCCACUAUUUGUACUUCUGGCUACUUUAGACAGCAAUGGAUAUGUUAAAGAUGACACUCUAUUUAUAAAGAUAGCAGUUGAUCUUACAAAUGUUAUACGACCAGAUGCCAGCUGAAAUCAUGGACAAAAACUGUAUGGCAAAUUGUGACAAGCAUGACUGUGUGUUGUUGGAUAGCUUCAGUUAACUAUAACUGUUUUACUUUUACAAUAUAGUUUGAAAACUUUGUUUUGGAAAAAGGGCAGACUUGCAUGAUUUUUACAUAUUGUUGGACCCAGUGUUUUUUUAGUUGACAAAGAUGCUUAUUAUUAUGUUUAAUUUGGACAAGUAUACUGAGUAUUUAAUUAAAUUAUAUGGAAUUCCAUUUCAAUGUUUAGAUUUAAAAUUUUCUCGUAUAUGUGCAAUUAAAAUUGGCGGCAAAAGCAA